GCAGCUGAAUCAUGGCAUUGACAUUUCGGCCGACGGGUCAACUUUGUAUGCUUCCAGCGCCGCCUCCGCAUUUUCAUGGUCCUACGAUGCUACAGCCAAGAAAACCACAUCGCAAGCUCGCACGCUAGUCACCGGGAUGGCAAACACGGGACACUCCACCCGGACAAUCUGGCUUUCGAGGCACGAGGACGGCAUGCUGUUCGUCAGUCGUGGAAGUGGGCCAAAUAUUGAUUCCGAAGCUUCGGACCCCUCCAAUGGGAUCAGCAUGAUAAAGGUUUUCAAUAUCAAAAAUACGACAUCCCCAUACAACUAUUCUCGAGACGGGUUGGUUGUGGGAUGGGGCCUCCGGAACUCCGUCGGUGUCACCGAACAUCCCGUCGACGGGGGAAUCUGGAGUGUUGAGAACUCGGUUGACAACAUCAAGCGGGACGGCCGCGAUAUUCACGAUGACAACCCUGGGGAGGAGUUGAACUAUCACGGCUCCCUGAGCGGAUCCGCUUCUCAACUCCUAGGAGGCAACCAUGGCUACCCUGACUGCUUUGCUGCGUGGACUCCCUCAGAAAUUCCCAGAAAUACGGGCCUCAAAGUUGGCAGUCAAUUUGCCAUGGGAGAUGCCGGCGGGAGAAUUGACGAUGCAGCUUGUGCGCAGCGAGUGGCUCCUCGGAUCACAUUUGCCGCGCAUAUGGCUCCGCUUGAUAUCAAGUUCGACCCCAGUGGUUCCAAUGCGUGGGUUACGUUCCACGGUAGUUGGAACCGCGAUCAGCCAAUUGGAUACAAACUCUCCGUUGUUCGCUUCAACGCGGCUUCGGGCCAACCAACGGAACCAUCGGAUUCCCGCACUGCUGCCAUCGAUAUCAUGGCCAAUUCGGCCAUGGAUCAGUGCCCCAAUGGCUGUUUUCGACCCGUGGGGUUGGCAUUCGAUCCAAAGGGUCGCCUUUUCGUGUCGAGCGACUCGACCGGCGAUAUUAUAGUCGUCACUCGCCGUGAUGGUGCACCGGUGGGACCGUCGACAACAGUGACCCAGAGAAGUUCAACGGCUGGAGGGGCGGGCAGUACUUCAACGCAAGCAGGUCUUGUCGGUCGAUACGCACCUUGCGCUAACAAUGCCUUUGCUGGCCUUGCGGCGUACUGCAUGUUUGUCGCAUAGGAAGGGGAUCUCACACUCACUCAAGAUUCGUGCCAGUUUCACGUUCGGUCUUAUCAAUGUCCACGAGAUUGUACAUACUCACAUGCCAAUACCAGACGUAGUGGAUCUCACCCACGAGGUCGAAAGAUUUUCAAUUG